AUGCACUCUAUGCAAACAAGGAUGUGGAGCAAAACAGGAUUCAUGGGCUUCAAACUCGACAUGAGCAAGGCUUAUGAUCGAGUUGAAUGGAUUUUUUUGGAGGCGGUUAUGCACAGAUUGGGAUUUGAAGCUCAAUGGGUAAACUUGGUGAUGAAAUGCAUCCGGACAGUGACUUAUGCUGUUUUAGUGAAUGGAAAGCUUGUGGGGAAUAUCCGGCCGUCUAGUGGGAUUAGACAGGGGGACCCCAUUUCCCCCUACCUUUUCCUCCUAUGUGUAGAAGCUCUCAGUGCUCUCCUUAAUCGGGCGAAACGAAAGGGUGCUAUCACUGGGGUUCCAACUUCAUUUAAGGGCCCUCAGCUGAACCACCUUCUCUUUGCGAAUGAUAGUAUGUUGUUUUGCAAAGCCAAUUCGGUGGAGUGGAGGAGGCUAUUUCGAAUUUUGGAGGUUUAUGAAGCAGGGUCGGGGUAG